AUGGCGUCCCCCGUCCCCCUCCUCCGACCGCCUGUUCCAGGCGGACGUAACCCCACCGGUGGUCGCGGACCACCACGUCUUGGUCUUUCAAUACCCGCGUCGCCGCACGCGAGACCCGUCAUGAAUGGCGCGGGCGAUGCGCCCCCGCAGCUCGCCCGUCCUAUGCCACCCCAGCUACGUCUCGCGACGCCCAUGGGCUCCAAUACCACACCACACGAAGGUCGGCAGCCUCCAAGACUACCCCCGCUGCAGAUUGGCACAGGGCUUUCCGCAUCCGGAUCGAGCGAUGCGAGCGCACACUCGAGGUCAGGAAGCUUCAGUGAGAUGCAGGCAAACGGGUCAUCAGCAUCGUCAUACCAGGCCGGCUUGAGCUUUCCCAGCCUCGCGCGACCUCACCAAGGGUCAGACCCCAUGUCAGCUAUAUCACAAGCAGCAAGCGAGAAUGCUCAAUCGAUGGAGCGUCAGAACAGCGCACAGCCGCUGCCAGAUCUGGAGGCCAUGGCGGCAGAGAAGGGACGACCGUUGGAAGUAGACGACCUUGAUAAUGCAGCAUGGAUGGCGGCAAGUGCUAAAGGAAUGAUAGAAGAGCUGGGUAGUCUCGGAGAGGGAGCCGGUGGAGCUGUGACGAAGAGUAAACUCAAGGGUGGAAAGACUGUCUUUGCGCUAAAGAUCAUCACGACGAACCCCGAUCCAGAUGUCAAGAAGCAGAUUGUGCGGGAGCUGGAGUUCAACAAGAGCUGCGCCAGUGAUUACAUCUGUCGAUACUACGGAGCCUUUGAAGAUGCCAGCACAGGCACCAUCAGCAUUGCAAUGGAAUUCUGCGAGGGUGGAUCACUAGACGCGGUAUACCGCGAAGUUAAGCAGCUAGGUGGUCGAACGGGCGAAAAGGUCCUCGGCAAGGUUGCGGAAGGCGGCUUGAAUGGAUUGACGUACCUCCAUUCCCACCGCAUCAUUCACCGAGAUAUCAAACCCAGCAAUAUCCUGCUAUGCCGGAACGGUCAGGUCAAGCUGUGUGAUUUCGGUGUGUCCGGAGAGUUUGGAACCAAAGGCGAUGCCAACACCUUCAUUGGCACUUCAUACUACAUGGCACCCGAGCGCAUCACCGGACAAAGCUAUACCAUCACCAGUGAUGUGUGGAGCUUGGGUGUGACUCUGCUCGAAGUCGCACAACAUCGGUUCCCCUUCCCAGCAGAUGGGACGGAGAUGAACCCUCGAGCUGGUAUGAUCGAUCUGCUUACCUAUAUUGUCCGACAAGAGAUUCCCAAACUCAAGGACGAGCCAGCCAACGGCAUCAAGUGGUCAGAGAACUUCAAAUACUUCAUCGAGUGCUGUCUUGAGAAAGAUUGUCCGCGACGAGCUACUCCCUGGCGCAUGCUUGAACACCCAUGGAUGGUCGAAAUGAAAUCUAAGAAGGUCAACAUGGCCCAUUUCCUCAAGCAAGUAUGGGACUGGAAAGACUAA